UAUAUUGUUUUUGGCCUGUCUGUCCGUCAUUGUUUCUUUCUGUGUGUAUGUCUUAAAACUUUUACCUCUAGGGUAAAGUUUUGUCAUAACUUUUGCAUUAUUGAUGACAGCAUCUUGAUACUUGGCAUGCAUGUGUAUCUCAUGGAGCUGCACAUUUUUAGUGGUGAAAGGUCAAGGUCAUCCUUCUAGGUCAAAGGUCUAAGGUCAACAACAACAAAAAUUCAAAUUGGCGCAUUUGGGUGCAUUGUGUUUCUGACAAACACAUCUCUUGUUCAUUACUCUUUAUACAAUAAAUAUAUCUCCUUUUGCAUUGUGAUAAAUUUCCACAGAUUUAUGUUUUCUGGUUAAAUAUUUACUUCUAUUUUGCUUAAGCAAUUUGCAAUUUCAGAUCCACUUUGAUAAUGCAGUUGGACAAAACAAGAACCACACAGUGAUUUGGUAUGCCAUGUGGCGGACUCUGACAGGACUCCAUGAAACCAUGAGCCUGAACUGCAUGAUUACUGGACACACCAAGUUUGCCCCAGACUACCACUUUGGCAUCUGGAAGCUUAAGUGGAGGUCAUCCAAUGCAGAGACCAUGGAGGAGAUUGCUGGUAGUGUUACAGCUUCAUCAAAGUCAGGCCACAAUGUUCCACAGCUGGUCCAAGAUGACAACAAACCGGUUGUCUUCUUCGCUUGGAAAACUUACCUGGAACAGUUUUUGAAACCAUUGAAAAACAUAACCAAGUACCACCAUUUUACUAUGGAUCGGUCGAAACCAGGUAUUGUUACCUGUAAGGAGAACAUGGAUUCGGAAGAAAUGUGUUUCAAUAUAUUGAAGCCUUUGAGUCCGGCAGCUGGAGAACUCCCACCCACCAAACCAGCCCCGGGCCUUGACCUGCGCAGACAGUGGUAUUUGUAUGACUCAAUUAGCCCAUUCUUCAGAGCAUACAAUGCCAGGGAUACUGUGUGUCCAAAACCAUCAAAGCCAAAAGUUAAAAACCAAGGAAUGGACAGUGACAGCCUACCUAGAAAAAGGAAGCACAGCCUUUAACCGUUAUCUUAACACCAUGGCAACUAAAGUGUUCCUUCAGCCUUGUAGUAAUACAUCAAGAUUUAUCAAUGUAUUUCAUCCAUUUAAUGUGAGGUUUUACACAUGUAUGUAUGACAGAGAUAAUAUUAAUUUAAAUAUCGGUAGUGUUACAGAUGAAACACAAACAUUGCUGUUAUGUUCAAUAUAAAACUUGCUAUGACAUAUUUUUGACAAAGUGCCAUUAGGUUUGUGGUCUCAUCUUUUUCUAAAUGUAAAUAUUGUUUUAAAUUUUCGUUUUAAAGAUGUGCAUACCAACCUAUUUGAAUGUGUGAU